AUGACGUGCGGGCAGUGGAAGUCCCAAGCCGUCGGGGCAUACGCGGGCAACUUCCAGGCCAAGACGAAGAACCCGAUCCUCUUCGCCACGAACAGGUACGACGGGCACACCCCGAUCCGGUCGGCUCAGAACGUCAGCGCCGGGUUUGAAGGGAGUGGAAUGCUCGUCGUGAAUGGCUUUGGCCACACAACCCUGGCCCAACAGUCGGUGUGUACAAUUCAGCAGACCGUCGCGUAUUGGCACAACAGGACGCUGCCGGCCAAGGGGUUCGUCUGUGAGGUAGACGCAGCCCCGUACGGCGAUUACGCCUGGGCCAAUGCCACGCUGGCGUACGAUCGCAAAGCCAACAACUCCGGGCCCGGAGGCUCAGGGGCUCCUCCCCCUCCGAGGAGCGCCGCGUCGCAGACGAGCCAGUCACUUGCUAUGGUGCUUUUUGCUAUUGGAAUCGUCUUCGCGUUUGGUCUACAGUGA